CUUUCUUCCACUUUAGAUCUCUCCUUAGUGCCCUGCACACCACAGACCCUUUCAAUAUAUAGAUUCACCCAUUUAUGACUGCCUUCAACUUUGGGUUUUCUCUUUAAAUCUCAAUUCAUGCACUUUUUACUCAGAUCUCUAGUUUGCUUCCUAUCUUCAGUACAUAUGAUGGCUGCUUGUGAAAGCAAUGGGAAAUGGACCAGGGAAGAGAACAAGAGGUUUGAGGAUGCCCUUGCCUUGUUUGACAAAGAAACCCCAGACAGGUGGUACAAUGUGGCAUCCAUGAUACCUGGAAAAACAGUCAAUGAUGUCAUGAGACAGUAUAGAGAAUUGGUUUCUGAUAUCAUUGAUAUAGAGUCAGGCCUUGUUCCAGUGCCUGAAGAGUAUUCAGCAGCCAAUUCUUUUACAUUGGAGUGGGUGGAAGAUGACUACCAGGGGUAUUAUGGUCAUCAUGCCCACAGGCAAUUCUUUGGUCCAGGUGGGAAGAGGAGUAGCAGCUCAAGCCGCUCUUCUGACCAUGACAGGAAAAAGGGAGUGCCUUGGACUGAGGAAGAACACAGGCAAUUUCUGCUGGGGCUGAAGAAGUAUGGUAAAGGAGAUUGGCGAAAUAUAUCUCGCAAUUUCGUGACAACAAGAACUCCAACUCAAGUUGCUAGUCAUGCUCAGAAGUACUUCAUCAGGCAGCUUUCAGGAGGGAAAGACAGAAGGAGAUCAAGCAUACAUGACAUAACCACAGUCAACCUGUCAGAAAACAAGUCCACUACUUCCACAGACAACAAUAGUUCUCCAGACAACAAACCUGCUCAAGUAAUUAAUCACCUGGAACUGCCUUUAAAUGGAACUAUUAAUAAUGUAAAAGCUACUGAUGAGGCGUUUGACCUGUCAAACCAAGGAUUGGGAACGACACUUUAUUCGCAAUGUGGCGACUUGAUUGUUGCACCUUUCGAAGGAGCUUCCUGGUAUGGACUAAACCUGCAUGAACAAACUAUGGACCUGAUAUGAUGAUGAUGGAAUCUGUCAUUUUUUUCAUCCUACCACAAUUUGGGUAGGAAAUUCUUGUAUCUGCAACUUAGUUUGUGUGUAGCUUUUACUGUUCUUUUUUAAUAGCUUUUCGGUCGAUAUAUAGAUGGGACCUGUGGAACAUGCUGAACUUGGACAGAAGGAGACACACCUGAUGUCCAAUGUUGAAAAAUUUUCAGCAAUUCCAGGUUAUUUGCGAUCAGAAGCUGUGUUAUGUGUUGUUUUUUUGCUGUAAAUGAAACUCAUAAAUAAUCAAGUUUCUUUUUUUUGGUUCUUAA